AUGGUCGCUGAAUACCAAGGCUGCCUUUUCCUCCACCAGGGCUGGCCCCUGUGCCUGGGGGAACAGCUGGUGGUGCAACUCUCGGCGCUGGACUGGAGGGCGCUGCAGCCGGAGGACUUCUACCUGCAGCUGGCGCCGCGAGGCUCCCGCGGAGCGACGCUGCUGCUCAAGUGCCGGGCCUGGGGCGUCGAGCAAGAGGAAGAGGAGGAGGGCGGGGGGAUAAUCGAAGUGCCGAUCCCCGAGGACUCCUACCCCCACCUCUUCACCGCCGAGUGGCUGGACGGCGUCAACCGGGAGCUGCAGGAGGAGGAGGGGGGCGGCGGCGGCGGCAAUGGGCGGGGCGGCCGGCCCCCGCGCAGACUCAGUAACUGCCUGCUGGCCGCUGCCGGCGGCCGGCUCCGGCGCAUGCGCUGGUCCCGCCUGGUCUGCCCGCGCCUGCGCGAUCCGGCGGCCACCGCCGGCCGGCCCCGGGCUUCGGGUGACGGGGCGGCUGCCGAGCCCGAGGAAGGAGACGACUCCCUUCAUCUCAGACCCGCCGCCGCCUCCUCCUCCUCCACCGACAAAAACAACGGAGAACGGGACGGGCGGGAUCCGACUUACCAGGAACACGAGGACGGCGGCGAAGGUGGAGAGUACGUCGAGCUUCGGGAAAUUACCACGCGAGCCGACGCUCGAAUGACGACGGACGACGCCGCCGCCGCCGCUACCAGGCGACCGCGCCUGCGCUCCAGCACGUUGCCGGCCGUCGGCCCCCGGGUGGGGCGUCGAAGGAGGGCCGCGCAGGCGCAACACAGGGCGUGGGUCCACCAGCCGCGGCGCAGGCGCCGCCAGGGCGCGUGCGGUGUGGAGGGGGAGGGGAACGGUCGGCGAGGCGUCGACGCCCCGCUGCGCGCGGUCCUUCGGGCCCACGUGGGCCGGGCCCAGUCGCCCGGGGAGACGGAGCCCGACGGCCCUCCCGACUGGGGGGGAGUCCGUGACGUUGAGCCCGUCCCGCGGCCCUCCAAUCGGCGGGCGGAGGGAGGGUCAGGUGACGGUGCGCCGUCGGCCAGGCAGAGCGUAUCAUUGGCUGAGCGGGGCGGGCUAAUCGUCGGGAGCCGACCGUCGUCGGCCGGGCAGGGGGCGUCGGUCAGCAGCAGCGUGCGCUCAUUGGCUGAGCCGGGGGAGUCGACUGGGGGCGGGCAGCUACUGGCGGAACCCGUCGGCGGGACUGGCUUGCCAUUGGUCGAGCGGGAUGGCGGCACCAUCGGGCCUGGGACCUCAUUGGCCAGAGAGCCGAGGCCGACGGUUGGAGCCGCCGAGCCAUUGGCUGGUGCGGAGGAAUCGGCUGGCGCUGAAACGUCAUUGGCCGAGCCUGGCAGAUUGCCGCUCGGACUGGAAGGGCCAUUGGCCGGGCAGGGUGGGUCAGUAGUCGGGGCGGAGCUGCCGUUGGCCGAGCGGUGGGGAUCGGCUGCUGUUCCACCUCCAUUGGCUGGCCAGGACAGAUUGGCCUUUAGGGCGGAGCUGCCAUGCGCCGAGCGGGAGAUUCCAACGGCGGGAACCGACCGAUCACUUACUGAGCAGGGGCGAUCGGUAACCGAGAGGGAACGCCCUCGGGGUGAGCAGCCGUCUUCGGCCGGGCCACCGGGAUCUACAACGGCGCUCGCGGCCGAACCGAGAUCGGAAAGGGAUCCGCCGGGCCGUGAGGUCGGAGGUCAGGGGGGCGCGGUGGAGGAAGCCGCCGCCGACACGUUGGACGCCCGUCAGGCCCUGGGGCCUUCGGAGUGUCGCAGCGAGGUGGGUGGCCCCAGCGAUGGCACAGCCCUGAUCGGGUCAGCACCUACCCCUGUGCCCGCUGACGAGAGAGCCGGCCAAGGGAGCCCGACCGAGGUCGGGCAGGAGGAGGAGGAGGCGGGAGAAACUGGCUUGCAACCCAACGGAGGCGUCUGGCAAGAGGACAACAACCGAGAGCUGGCCCAAGAAGGUUCUGAUGAAGCUUGUCUGGCUGGAAACAUGACCAAAACUUGGGACGAUCUGGAGGACUUAUUGCCUUGGCCGUACUGCAAUUCCUCUCCCCAUCGAUCACACGCUUCCAUGCCGCAACCGUCUAAAGCCUCGUUGCACCAUCUACCCAAUGACCCACAUUGUAACGUAUCGUAUCAACAACGGCCUGUCUCCCCGUCUCGCCCACAGUCCGUCUCCCAGCCUCACCCACAGCCCAUCUCCCCAUCUCGCCAGCUCUCUGACUCCCCGUCUCACCCACGGCCUGUCUCACCAUCUUGCCAGCUCCAUGACUCCCCGUCUCACCCACAUCCCAUCUCCCCGUCUCGCCAGCUCCAUGACUCCCCAUCUCACCCACGGCCCGCCUCCCCGUCUCGCCAGCUCUCUGACUCCCCGUCUCACCCACGGCCCAUCUCCCCGUCUCGCCAGCUCUCUGACUCCCCGUCUCACCCACGGCCCGUUUCCCCAUCUCACCCACGGCCCAUCUCCCCGUCUCGCCAGCUCCAUGACUCCCCGUCUCACCCACGGCCCAUCUCCCCGUCUCACCUACGGCAUGAUUCCCCAUCUCGCCAGCCGUCCGAUCCCCCGUCUCGCCAGCUGUCGGAUCCCCCGUCUCGCCAGCCGUCGGACCCCCUGUCUCGCCAGCCCUCGGACCCCCCGUCUCGCCAGCUCCCGGACCCCCCGUCUCGCCAGCGCCCGGACCCCCCGUCUCGCCAGCUCUCCGAGUCCCCGUCUCGCCAGCUGUCCGAAUCCCCGUCUCGCCAGCUCUCCGACUCCCCGUCUCGCCAGCUCUCGGACUCUCCAUCUUGCCAAGCAUCUGAAGUCUCAUCUCUUCGCCCACCCACUCUUGGAGUCGGGGAUAGUUGUUUCAAAAUGCAGAAGACACUGAGUACUCAAGAUCAAGCCUUUCCCAUUGGCCAUUACCCUGCCAAUUUGCUCAAGCUUGAUAUGGAGAUCAUUCAUUCUGGGGUUCUCUGCCUUCCAGGGAACAGGGACAGAAACGGUCGGGCAUUGAUCAUCGUGACGACAGAGAACGCUGUCUGGGAGAGCCCGAAAUGUUCCAGCACACAACUGGCCAGGAUUCUGACGUACUACUAUGCCAUCUCGAAGAAGGAGGUGCAGAACGAGGGCUUCCGGGUCCUGAUAGACGCCCGAGAGCGCCAGCCUGCCGCUGCCCUGCGCCGAGCCCUCCACAUCUUCCAGAAAACCGUACAUGGUGGGAUUCAUUCCAUCCUAGUGCUGGCUGCCAAGGAGUCUUCAGUCAAUAUGGAGGUGCUGGCGGGUGUGCAGACAGAAACGCUGACGUCCAUCCGCUCCCUGCACAAGUAUGUGGAGCCUGCCCAGCUGACCCCAAGCUUCGCUGGAGGGUUCCCGUACAGCAAUGAAAAGUGGGUUCGCUAUCGACUGGAAAUCCCUGUCCUUAUUGAGGAGGAUCAGAUGUUAAUGGGGCAGGUCCUGCAGGAUGCCAGGCUGAUCGGGCUUCAACAGGAAGGAGCUGCCAUCCUGGUGAAGCUAAAGAGAGAAACCAUCAGCAUCUGUGGCUCGGACAGUUACAUGCCUGACCUGGAUGUGACUUGCACCCUGUACAACCAAGUGGAUGAAGAGCUGCACCGUCUGGUUCAGGUUUCGAACCGUCGGCAAAGGGACCUGGAGAAGCUGGCCCGGUUCUGGCGCUUCGAGGAUCAAUAUCGCCAGGUGAGCGAGUGGCUCAGAGACGUGGGAGAGCCGCGGCUGGACAAAUACGAGACGGUUGGAGACUCCCUCCCCGCGCUCCGGACGCAACAGAGAGAAUUCCAAGACUUGAACCACGCGGCACUGGUGAGUGUGUUGCAGAAAGAGCACUUUGCCAUGUACGCCCUGUACAUAAGGAACAAACCUCAGUGUGACGCGCUCCUGGCCAGAUACGGCAGCCCUUUCUUCAAGAGGAGGCAGCUGUGCCUGGGUGACCGGAUGGAGCUGGGCUCGUACCUACAGAUGCCCAUCCGAAGGAUGAUGAGGUACGUCGUCCUGCUACAGGAGCUCAUAGCGGAGUGCAGUGCCGAGAACGCCCAGGACGCACGCAGCCUGCAUGCCGCCAUGGAGAUGGUCCAGUUCCAGCUUCAUCACGGUGACAACCUCGUCGCCAUGGACGCCAUCAGGGAGUGUGACGUGAAUCUGAAGGAGCAGGGCCAGUUACUGCGCCGUGACCGAUUCACGGUAUGGUGUGGGCGCCGCAAGUCCGUGCGCCAGGUCUUCCUCUUCGAGCAACUCAUCGUCUUCACCAAGGUGAAGCGGGUGGACAGCGGGCCAGAGACCUACGUCUGCAAGUCCUCGCUGAAGGGGUCUGGUCUCGGGGUCGUGUUACCCCUGACAGACUGGAGAAGUCGGUGGGGGGAGACGGUGGAAGGGUUCACCAGGAGUCUGGAUGGAUCUGAGGGGUGGAUGGGUGGGUGGGAGGCCGUGCUUCCGACUGGAAAGGAGAGGGCACAAGAGGGAGAAACGGGGAGCGUGGGGGUAACCCCUCUGCCCGCACCAAGUGGCCAGGAGCUGGAAGGCAGUGCCCGAGAGUGUGGAGUGGGGGUGGGAGCCACGGGGCGUGGAGGUGUUCGAGGCAGGAUCAGGUGGGCAGCGAGGGGUAAGAGACAGAAGUCAGCAGAGGGGCACGGCCAGUUCGAUCACACUGGCAACAGACGCGACGGGGUGAACGGUCUCCUGUGGAACCAUUCCAGACAAAUACUCAAGAAUGAAACGGUGUCAGGGUCCCUCUGUCUCUCUCGCGUCCCCCUCCCUGGGCAGAGGCAGGGGCCAGCUGCGCAGUUCCUUCACACACUUGGCACAGGCACAGCGGGCAACAGUGGACGGUCUGGUGCUCGGCGUGACUCUGUUCGCAGUCCAAAGCACAGUUGUUUAAAUUGGUGUGAUCCCAACCCAUUUACGGGAAAGAAUUCCUCAUCCCGGCUGUUGAAGGGAACAGAGGCAGGCCCCGAAGCCCAUUGGGGUGGGAGGGAGACUCGGCUUUAUUCGGAAAAAGGUGAAAUGACCACAGCGUGA